UGAACCGAGCUGCUCUAUGAAGGUAGGCUGCAGCGUGUGUUUAUUGAUGAGAUGAAAAGAAGAUGGAAGUGAGAAAUGAACAAAGUAAAGGAACAUACUGAAACAAACUAAAAACGCGCUUCGUCGGGGGAAAACAGGGGGAGCCGUGGAAACGCUGUCGCCACUUUUUGAACGAGCUUCGAAGUGCAGAGCAACACAUGAUUUGGACAGAGAGGACUGACAGCCUUGCCUAGCACCAGGCCUCUGAUCAGCCAUCUCCACCAGCAAACUGAAGCUUGACCCGCACUUCAUCACCAGCCACACAAGCAUCUUCGUAACAAAACGUCAUCUAACUGUGACAUCAGUUGCAAGGGGAUGACCGAGCGCAUUCAUAACAUCAAUCUUCACAACUUCAGCAAUUCUGUACUUGAGACCCUCAAUGAGCAGCGCAACCGUGGGCACUUCUGUGACGUGACUGUUCGGAUCCAUGGAAGUAUGCUGCGAGCUCACCGGUGCGUGCUGGCUGCUGGAAGCCCCUUCUUUCAGGACAAGCUACUCUUGGGCUACAGCGACAUUGAGAUCCCCUCUGUGGUCUCAGUGCAAUCCAUCCAAAAGCUGAUAGACUUUAUGUACAGUGGGAUUCUGCGGGUAUCUCAGUCAGAGGCUCUGCAGAUCCUUACUGCUGCCAGCAUCCUACAGAUUAAGACCGUCAUUGAUGAGUGUACCCGCAUCGUGUCCCAGAAUGUGGGCCUGGCCGGGCCGGGGGGCUUCCCUGUUAUACCAGGUGAUUCUGGUCAGGACACUCCCCGUGGCACGCCGGAGUCUGGCACCUCUGGGCCCAGCAGUGACGCAGAGUCAGGUUAUAUGCAAGCAACAUCACAGCAAAGUGUGGAUCGUGCAUACACAUCACUGUACUCCUACCCUGGCCUCUCUCUGCAGAACGGAACCCGCGAGCGCCCCCUUUACAUUAACCCUCUGUCAGCAAAUUAUGAUACGACUCUCAGCACUCAGAAGGACCAGCAAUCUCAAGAUCCACCCUGGAUGAACCGUAUCCAGGAAAGAUCUCAGCAGGUCGAUCGCUUCAUCUCGACAGCAGAGUCCACUCACUGCCGCAAGCAACCCCGACCGGUACGCAUACAAACAGGGGGGAUGCACAUAAAGCAGGAGGCCGAAGAUGAGUACAGCUGCUAUGACAAUAUGGUGGACUGCCAAGACGACACUGACCACACUGAAGGUGUAGAGAGUGAAUCCAAGGUUGAAAGUUUUGACUCAGGGGUGAGCUCCUCCAUCAGUACUGAGCCAGAUACCAUGGAGCAGAAGCCGUACCUGACGGCCUUUGGUCGAGAGGAUGGCGGGGAAGGGCAGCAAGGCGAAGGAGCUCCGAUGCAGAUAGUGGUCAAUGACUCGUCCCCUGAGCAAGUGCAAGAAACAGAGGACGGGGACACAUCCCACAGCACUAGUGACAGUAGCAUGAUGCAGCCCCUGCCAAACUCAGUCAAACUCAGUCCCAUGUCCCAGUACAUGCGCCAGGUAGAAUCACACACCAGCAAUCUGAGGAUGCCGAUCACCGUGACCAGCAAUUCCCAAGUGAUGGGCACUGCUGGAAGCACCUUCCUGCCCACACUCUUUCCUACACCGCCGGCUAGAGACCACAAGAAUUACCUUUACCUUCCUGGCCAGCAGCAACCCCAGUUUGUGGCAGUGCCGCCCCCUGCAAUGCCAUCAUUCCCGAACCCCAUGUCGGUACCGCAAGCGCCAGCACAGCAGCAGCAGGCUGCAGGAGGAAUUGGUCAGGGGGAAAAGAAGCCCUAUGAAUGCACUCUCUGCAGUAAAACCUUUACUGCAAAACAGAACUACGUCAAACACAUGUUUGUCCAUACUGGUGAGAAGCCUCAUCAGUGCAGCAUCUGCUGGCGCUCGUUCUCCCUGAAGGAUUACUUAAUUAAACAUAUGGUGACACACACAGGGGUGCGAGCCUACCAGUGCAGCAUCUGCAACAAGCGUUUCACCCAGAAGAGCUCUCUCAACGUCCACAUGCGGCUGCACCGUGGAGAGAAGUCCUAUGAGUGCUACAUCUGCAAGAAGAAGUUCUCACACAAGACCCUGCUGGAGAGGCACAUGGCCCUGCACAGCACAGCCAGCGCCAUCACAGGGCUGCCGGUCAGUGCAGGUACCCCGGGCCCAGUCUCCAUUCCCAUGCCUAUGGCUGUCCCUGAGCCUGGAGCUGGAGUGGUGGCCCUCGCCAUGCCAGUGAGUGGAGGUGCUGGAGUAGGGGCUGGGGUUGGAACAGGAGUGGGUGUAGCUGCAGAAGCGAGUUGCCAAGAAGGGACCACCUACGUGUGCUCCGUCUGCCCUGCCAAGUUCGACCAAAUGGAGCUCUUCAAUGACCACAUGCGAAUGCAUGUCUCCGAUGGAUAAGUACAAAUAGAUAAACUUCUUUCAAAAAGAAUGACAAAUGAAAUGGCACUAGAUUUUCCUUUUCUUAUUUUGAGGUAUGAAGAGUAAUGAGUAUAGACACUGGCACAUUAAGUUUCCCAAAAAAAAAGAUUUUUUUUUUUUUUUUUUCUGUUGUUCUAAAAGAAAAAAAAGAUGGUGGCCUUAAGGCUUAGUAGUUUGAUAUUGAUCUACUGGAUGGAUCCUAACUACAGGCCUCUAAAUGUAUGCUUUCCUAAAAUACUGAUUUAUGUGUUGAACACUACCGAAAGGCCUACGAAAGAAACACAUACACACAAACACACCUUUAGUGUAGAUACGUCUGAAUGAAUAUACAUGUGCAUAUAUGUUUGAGCGUUAGUGUAUUUGCAUGUGUCCGUCUGUUCGUCUAAGUGUGUGUGUGUAUGUGCGUGUGUGCGUGCGUGUGUGUGUGUGUGUGGUUGUGUGUGUGUGUGUGUGUGUGUGUGUGUGUGUGUGUGUACAUUGCCAUGAAACAUAAAUCAUGGCAGUCGUGAACCCAUACUGACCAGUUUGGAAACUAUAGAUGUCCAAGCUUACUGUGGUAUAAUUUACAACAACAAUAACAAAAAAAUCACCUGGGGUUGGGCUACAUAUUCCCUCUAAAAAAAAUACUGAUGGUCACAAGAUUGCCUUCUCAUAUAAAACAAAAAGGAGAGUAGUUAAUUUGACACUGGGUUUUAUUUAUUCCUAUGGUAUUAAGGGAUUAUAAUGCAGCUGUUGUCAAGGUACCAAUUUCAAUCAUUUUACUCAAAUGUAACUUCCUGUCAGCGGUGACGGAGGACAAAUAUUUCUCACAUGUUUUCUAAUUCUUGUCCAUGCAUUUUGAUGGUUAAUAUUACGUUUACUAAAUUCCGGUGUGUUGAUGAGACAGUAUUUGAGCAAAAAUAUGUUUCUUUUUUUCUGAAGUUUGGAGUUUAACUCAUUUGCAUACACUGCCACUAAUAUCUUAAAAGACUGUUAAGGCUAGUAGACCUCUUCCAUUUCAAAACAUGAGAAAAAAAGAAAGAUUCUUUUGCUGAUGGGUUUUGUUUUAGCCUUUUACAUUCACAGUUUAUGGCAGGCUGGAAUAUGCGACUAAACUCUCUCCUUCAUAAUUGCUGCUCCUCAACUUGCACCUGACUGUUAUGGGAUAUAGAUUAAAAAAACAAGAACUGUCACUUCAACUGUUGCUGUUGUUGAGUAGCCUAUAUGGUUUUAAUUCGAUAAUUGAAUUACAAUAUGGCGGGGUGGGGUGGGGUGGGUGGUUGCGGGGCGUUAGGCUAGUUGUUGAUUGGAACAGUGUUGUAAAAGAAAAAAAGAAAAGGGGGUAAUUUAAUUAGAAUCAAAUCUGAAAUUGAAAUAAAUGCCAUCCUGAUCCUAGAACCCCAUGUAUAACCUGUUCUCUACUAUUGCAAAGCUAUUUCAGCAGGUGGGAGCUAAAUGCAAUUACUCUUUAUGCAUUUCGCUCUCCCUGCAGGCUCAAAUGGCAUGCAACGUUUUGAAAGGAAACUGAUUGAGCGAUAUCACACUGUUUCAUGAUAUACCACAAGUUGCAGAUGGACUUUCUAGACAAUAGCAUACAUUCCUGAUUUUUCUAACAACCUAGACACAGCAUGUACAGAAUAGAUUUGGAAGCUAGUGUGCGCAAGUUGUCAUCCAUGCAUCACAUCACUUAAGGCUCAUUUCUGAUAUUUAAAUUCUUUUUAUAUUGCUUUUUAUCCAAAAUAGGACACACACACACACACACACACAGACACAGACACUCACACACACACAUGCAACUGCCUGCAACUGCAAUCUGAAGGAUUUGUUCAUGUAUGUGAGCAAACACUUUCGUAGUUGUAUUGUUAAAAGAAUAACUAACUGCAUACUGGGGUCUUAAAACAGACCCGCUGUCAAUUCAAAAAAAAAAAUAAAAAUAAAGUGCUACUUUGCACAUUUU